UAACAACAUUAUUUCGUCUUAAAAGAAUGGAAAUAAUAAGUGAUAUGCUUAAUGCUUCUUCAAGAAGAAUGAAUGUGGUUAAGGAACUUGAACAGAAAACUCAGAAUGGCAACACACCCAGCCAUGAAAAAGUCCUGGUCAAGAGGCUCCAAUUCCUCCAGUCAGUUCGAAUCACCUGCACGUUUCUGCUCUCCCUUACGAUGGGACGGAACAGAGUCACCGGAAUACCGCUCACCGGAAAACUCUCCGGGAAAGAUGGUGGAAAAUCCAUUGGCAGUUGUGACUGUCGAAAAAACGAGGCAGUUUACUCCCGAGAAACUCAGGGAGCAACAGAAGCCGCCGGAGAAUGCGUUGACGGAGCCUCAACUGCAGACGGCAAAGGCAGGCGCCGGGAGUGAGCGUAGACAGAAGUCGGCUCCUGUUAGUUGCACGGCGGAGGAGGUAACGAGAAAGGCGGCGUUAGGGUUCCGGCUAUGCGAGGUUGUGAUGUGUGUGAUUUCGUUUUCAGUUAUGGCUGCGAAUAAGACGCAAGGUUGGAGUGGGGACUCGUAUGAUCGUUAUAAAGAAUACAGGUAUUGUUUAUCUAUAAAUGUUAUCGGAUUUGCAUACUCAGGAUUACAAGCAUGUGAUCUCGCCUUUCAACUAGUCACACACAAACAUAUGAUCGGUCACUCCCUUCGCUACCACUUUCAGUUCUUUAUGGAUCAGGUUGUGGCAUAUCUUCUGAUAUCAGCAUCAUCCUCGGCAGCGACACGGGUGGAUGAUUGGCAAUCGAAUUGGGGGAAAGAUGAGUUCACAGAGAUGGCUACUGUUUCUGUUGGAAUGUCAUUCCUAGCUUUUGUUGCAUUUGCUAUGAGCUCACUCAUCUCUGGUUACAUCCUCUGUACCCGCCGCAACACCAUGUGAACUUACAUAUAUUUCUUUUCUGCUGUGACCAAAUGCAUUCAAGAAAUUGUUGAUGCAUUCUCUUCUUUUUUUUUUUUUCACUCUACCAGACAGAUUUGUGUGUAUAUAUACAGUUUCAAUAUAAUGUCAAUCUUAUGAGGGGAGGUUGGAAAUACAGAAUUUCCUUGUCUUGUUUCCAUCCAAUAUUUCAGAUACCCUUUUUAAUGGUA